AGAAAGAAGGAAAAAGAAAAUGAUAUUAGGUAAAUGAAUACUGUAUAAAAUGAUCGCGCUGCGCUCGCUCACCCAGUGUUGAUACUGCCAAACAAGAUUUUCUGGCAUAUUGUUCUUUUGCGACCCACACGAAAGGGUAAAAACAAAUAUACGCGCGGGACAUGAUCUAUAUAAUUUAAAUACCGAUUGUGUCACUGAAUAUCGGUUCUACUAUCCAAAUAUAUAUAUGUAUAUGUAUAUAUGUGUAUACAUAUAUAUACAUAUAUAUAUAUAUAUAUAAUUUAUAUAUAUAUAUAUAAAUUACACGCAAUUAUUCGAGAGAUGAUAAUUGUACGCACAUCCGCUCCGCAUCCUUCAACCCAUCCUCGUGUACCGGUUCGUAUCUAUACGGAAAAAAGGAAAAAAUCAUCGAUUGCGUAUCAUCGCGGAAAUGUUCUCAGCGUGUUCGCAAUCUACCUACAAUUACAAAAAAUUAUAUAAAGUGUCUCAGCGCUCUCCUUGACUCAUUCGCGAGAUUGACUCGGCGCAAUCAUGCUGGUACACCGGUGCUUUAUUUCAAGACACGCGUCACGUUUAAGUAACACAGAACGAGCGUCCGUUAACAUCGCGCCGUCGCCAUCGGAGCGGCCGAGUCGUCCGCGAGAUUUCAUCCUGCAUAUUUAUUCAUCCGCACAAAAAAGAUGAUGUAUGCGGCGCAAUGAAAUGCAAAUCGUAUCAGUCACAUAGAUAACAUCGAUGCAUGAUAAUCAUCCCUCCUCCAGCUCGGCGUCGGCGUCGACGGUGGCAGCGGCGGCGGCGACGGCGGCAGCGUCGGCGCUCGGCGUUCGGAGGCGUCGGCCGUUUGACCGGCGCGUUAUCAGUAGUGGUACCGUCGUGAGCGUGAGCAGGUGAAGGCCUUCGUCGCGACAGCUCUGCCCGACGACCUGAGGAUCCCCGCCCUUAAAAUGGGAACAUAGGGUGCGCAUGUACCAAAGGGUCUUGACAUCCUCCCUCAAACCCUGGCAUAUCUCCGGCCCGCCGACCACCGACGGGCAACGACCAAUGAGCACGCUCGGGAUAAGUACAAACUAACGUUAACGUGAUCGGAGGAGGAGGGGGAGAGAGAGGUCGCGUUAACGAUCAGAUCGUUUUCGCAACCCGAAGUCGAUCUUAUGCAUCAUCACUCUGCGAUCGAUGGGGAACGUAUCGGCAGCAAUCAAGAGUAUCGCCUAAUCGUAAUUAGCGAUUCAAUGUAACGCUCGUUGCACUCGCAAGCGAAGACAAUCGUAGUUGAUUAAAUAGUGUUAUCGAAUUAUAUAUAUAUAUAUUAAAUAUAGAAAUAUAUACAUAUAAAUAUAUAUAUAUAUAUGAUAUAAAUCUAUAUAUAUAGAUAUAUAUAUAUAUAUGAACGAGCUACAGAUCGAAAAUCACGAUCUCGAAUUAUUUGUUGAACAUGGAUUAUUAUAUGCUAGUUUUAAUAUUGUUUAAUUACUUGUCGCCGGAUCGAUCAAGUACGCAUAUAUCGACACACGAGUACCUUGCGAGCGAUAAAAACGCUUCGGAAAACGGAAGAACGACCAGGUAUGUCUGAGAGUUCUCUACGCUCGAGAUAUACGAAAUUCUGAAGAACGCCUGAUACUUGGCGAGCCAGAUGGCCGAAAGUCCGAUGUUGAGAUCCCAACGUCUAACGAUCGAGAAUUCUGUCAAUCUAUAAGCAAACUAUCGCACGAGCAUCCGGUAAUAAUAAGAGAAGAAUCGGAGGGAUUUUAACCGCGCAAAUUCAGCGGACUUCGCACGUCCACGUGAAUCCGUGGAUUCGUCGGAACACGAAGAAUCCGACGUUCAGAGAGACUGCGAUAUAUAUAUAUCUUUCUUUCUCUAAGAGAUCAAGGUCUCCGAUGAUAAAACGGCCGACGAUCGAGCGAAAACAUUGUUAGGGAUCGGAAAUAAAAAUAUCCCAGGCUGCAGAGGGACGUGCGCGCGCUCAGACACGAAUGUAAACAGCGCAUGUAGCAGCCGUAAAGCGAGCGUGUAACGGCCCGUGUACGAUGUGAUUAUCGCCUGACUCGUAUCGGGAUACCUCGGCAAAUAUGAAUCUCGAGGUGGAGUUGAUCGCGGGGGUGAUCAAGGGCGGUCCACCCCCGGCCCAUCUGCCGGCACCGAGGCUUAUCAAGAUAUUCAUCGCCGGCGAGAGGAAUGACUUCCCGGAGGAGCGUAAACAGCUGCUGGAGGUGGUCGGUCCGGAAUUGCAAUCGAUCUACGACGACAUAGGGAUCGAGGUGCUCCUGGUGGACAUGCAGUACGGCGCCAACGAUGACCCGGACGCCAACCCACGUCUCGCGGAGUUUUUCUUAGAGGAGAUCGGCGCGUCCCAUCUACAUUCCAGGGGAUGCUUCCUCUUGCUGUUGGCGGGAACGAAAUACACCGCAGGAUGGGUGCCCACCGAGCUGAAGGAGACCACCUUCCAAGCUCUUCACGUGCAUUGUGCCGUUCUCAAGGAUUAUUACGAACACAAUGGGCAGUCCUACGUUUUGAAAGCGGGCAGCGUGGAGACGGCUCAGCGCGAAUGGCAGAAGAACGAAGAACCGGAGUUGCGUCAGGCGCUGAAAACCGCUGCGGAGGCGGCGAUCCUGGAACAACCGGAGAACCAAGAACUGAGUUAUGUAUUGAAGAGCACGGCGGAACGACAGCUGGAACACGGUCUGAGUCUGGACCAGCAGGGCUUAGGAAUAAUGGCCGUGAUCCGCGAGUGGACAGGCGGCGAUGCGCCUACGUGUGCACCAGCGGCUAAGAGACUGGAGACUCGCAUCGAGACGGUCUUACCUCACGACAACGUUUUGCGUUUGCCCGUGGAGUACCGCAACGGCGAUAUCGACGCCGAUUAUGACAGCCACGAGGAUUAUCUCGGCAAAUUCCGCCAUCUGAUACUGGACAGGCUCCAGCAAUUGGUGAACAUGUCUGUCGAGGCCGACCCGGAGAUCAAGAGCCGCAAGAAGAUGGUGCAGGAGGUCUACGCCGAGAGUAUGGCGCAUUUCGCGCUUCUCCGGCAAUUACCGUUGGCCGACGUGGGCGACGAGGCUGUGGAGCGAGUCAAGCAGCUUAUCCUUGCGGGCAAGGAUCACAAGCACGGGCCCAUCCUGAUCUACGGGCCGAAGUCGUCCGGCAAGUCCUCCAUCCUCGCGCGUAUCUACCAGGAUUCGCCCGGCUGGUUCGCGACGCCGACCCUCCGCGUCGUCCGACUAUGCGCCUCGACGCCACGCUCCGCCUACAGCCUGGAGCUCCUCCGGAUCCUCUGCCAGCACGUCGGCUUCCUCGCCGGUGACAACGACGGCAAUCUGCCGCGCGACGCCUCCUUUGAUCCGCUCUAUCUCAACAACUGGUUCAGUCUCAUCAUGCGCCGCAUCGAGGAGCAUCCGCUGCCGGACCAGUUGGUCAUCCUGUUCGACGACCUCCAUCGCUUCCACCCGCUCGAAUGUGACAUCGUCGCCGCCCUCUCGUGGUUGCCGCUCACGCUUCCCGCGGGCGUCCACUUCAUCGCGACUACCGCGCUGCCGCCUGAGGGGAUGCGUCUCACGCCGCUUCAGAAGGACCGUCUGCGUGCCGUCGACGUCCUCGUCGACCUCACCACCGGGCGCGCCUGCGCGUCACCGCGCGUCGACGCGACUCUGGAGCAGCUCGAGAGCCUGAUCGGGCUCGACGCGGCCACGCGAAUCGCCUCGGUGCUCGCUUGCACCGAGUACGGUCUGUCGGAGACGGAGAUGCUCGAGCUGAUCAUGCCGACCGGCGGGGAAGGGCCGUUACUCCUGGAGGAGAGCCACUUCAACUUCGCGACUUGGUGCCUGGUCAGAAGGUCGUUCGCGCCGUGGCUCAGGGUGCGAGUGAUGAGCGGAAGAUUGCUGUUCUCCUGGCGCGGGCAGUGUCGCGAGAUUGCUCUCAGGAAGUACCUUUCGAAUCAGGAUAUUUCCCGCGGCUGCUACACGGAGUUAGCCAGUCUCUUCUUCUCCGAGGACGCCGACGACAGCUCGGACAAAGAAUCGACGGAGAAUCCAGCGGCCUCGUCGCCGCCCGUCAAGGAAACGCCGUUUCAAAGCGCGCCGCGGAGCCAGGACAUCACGUAUACGCUGCGACACGUCGAGGAAGCGUGGUUACACCUCCUGCGCGCCUCCGACGUCGACAAGCUGAAGAAGCUCGCUGUAUGCGCGUUCGACUUCCUCCUCGCGGCCGUACAGAUGAUCUCCGUGAGCUACCUCCGUUGCGUCCUCGAGCACGCGAGACGGUACCUGCUCGAGCGUGACCUGGAGCUCGUGUAUUACGCCGUGAGGAAGUCCAGCGACGUUCUCACUAGGGAUCCGCUUCAGCUCGCCGCCCAGCUGAUCUGCUGGUUAAGGCCGGUCGCCGAGGACGGCGGUGACCUCGUUAGUAGAAUGGUCAUGGCGGCUAUGGCUUGGUGCGACGGUUACACCGCGCCUUUGCUCGUGCCCUUGAAUGGGUGGCUGCAGCCGCCUCUGCCCUUGCAGAUACGGGUGCUUACGUGUCCCCAGGGGGUCAAGCUGAUCGAAGCGGCACCGUCCGGCCAGCACGUCGUCGUCGUGCCGCCGCAGGGUGAUGCUCAGUUAUGGCACGUCAUGUCUGGUCAACUCGUUCAUACGUUCAAGGGACACUCCAGCCCGAUCUCAUGUUUAGCCGUCACCCAUCAGUCUCAGUACCUGCUAACAGGCUCCGAGGACACUUCCAUCAUCGUCUGGGACAUGAAGGAGCUCGUAAUGAAACGACGGAUUUGCGAGCACAUCGCGCCUGUCCUUACCUUGACCACGGCCCUCAACAACUCGGUCAUCGUGAGCGGCGGCGAAGAUUCCCGAAUCAUCGCCACCAGUUUGCUCACCGGCGAGGUCCUGAUGAAGGUCGACCAUCAUCGCGGCCCUGUCACCACUAUUCGCGUCAAUUCAGCCGGGGAAGUCCUGGUCUCCGGAUCGUCCGACGGCACGGUGUGCCUCUGGUCCUUGGAGAGCUUCACCCUCCUCAACAGCAUCGUUCUUCCGUCUCCGGUGAUCAUGCUGGACGUGUCCGCUGACUCGGUUUUCCUCCUAACCGCCUGCGAGGAUCAGAAGCUCUACUUAAGGUCCUUGGCGACAGGCACGGAGAUUCACACGCUUAGAGGGCAUCAGGGCCCGGUGAAGAGCCUCUGUCUGGCGAAGGACUGUAGAAGAGCUAUCGCAGGAGGCACCGAGGGCAGAGUAUCCGUGUUCGAUAUGCACAGCGGAAGAUUGAUUAAAACUUUGCCCGCUAAUCCGUCGACGAGCGUCACUUCAGUUAAGGUGACUGAGAAAGACGACUUCCUGAUAACCGGCGGAGGAGGUCGUGUGACCUACUGGAGCUUCCGCGGUGAGGAACCGCCGCCGAAGCCGCAAAAACCCGGCAAACAGGACUCCCUGCAAACGCAUACCGCGCCGAUAUCCUGCCUGGACAUCUCCAGGGACGGCGCCAUGGCUGUCACUGGCGGCGUCGAUUCUCUGGUCAAUCUGUGGCAGCUCAACACUCACGAAUUGUUGUCCACCUUGGAGGGGCAUAUCGCCAGCGUCACGUGCAUCGCUUUCUCCGCGUCGGGGCUCUUCGUCGCGUCUGGAUCUGAAGAUAAGACAGUACGUGUGUGGGGGUUGACUCUGGGCCUCGUCGUGGCCACUUUCAGGCAUCAGGCGCCGGUAACCGCCGUCACUGCUAUGCUAGAUGGAAGGAGAGUGGUCAGUUCAGAUCGGGCUGGUAUCAUCAGGGUCUGGGCGGCAGACAGUGGCACACUGAUACAGUCUGUUUGCGGGCCCGGGCGAUGCUUCGCUGUCGCGUCUGAUAUGAGGUACGCGGUGUGCGGGUCCGACGACAACCAGGUGCGCAUCAUCAGCUUGGGUGUCGGCCCCGAAGAGAAACAUCAGGUGUCGCACUCGCAGGACAUCACAUGCUUGGUAGCGACGCCGGACUCUCAGUACCUGAUCACCGGUUCCCGCGACAUGAGCCUGAAGGUGUGGCAAUUGGCCGGCGGCAAACUGUCCCAGGUCUUGGUCGGCCACACCGACCAUGUGACCUGCGUGGCGGUCGCCGUGCUCGACAAGUCCAUAGUGGUGUCCGGCUCGCGGGACGCCAACUUGAUCGUCUGGGACAUCAACACCGGGGCCGACCUGCACACUCUCACGGGCCACCUGGGUUACGUGACCUGCGUGCGGCUCUCAGGCGACGGCACUCUAGCCGCCUCCGGGAGCGAGGACAAGAGUCUCAUUGUCUGGGACACCAAAAAGGGCAGCUCGCUCAGCUCCAUCAUGCUGCACGUGCCGGUAUUGGGCGUCGAGAUAUCCACCGAUUGUUCCAGAAUGGCGGUGCACUUGUUGGAGCACAAGUGCAUGCCCAUUCUCUGUCUGCACAACACGCCCGCGCAGUACGUCAAACUGCCGCCGUACGUGGCGCCGCGUGAUCUGAGACCACCGGGACCGAAACGACCGGCCAAGCGGUUGCUGAAGAAGGAGGUGUCUCUGGAUACGUACACUUGGCAACGAAAAUACGGGCAUCUUACCUCAGGUAUCAUAGUGUCGAGCGUCGAGGAGCGUCUGAAACGUCGCUUCAGCGUGAGCGCAUCGAUGGAAGAAAUCAGCAAGGCGGACCUGGGCGGCUCGCAGUCCGGGCUGGGUCCCGAGCAAGCCGCUUUGGCCCAGUCCCAGCACUUUGACCAAUUGGAGGCGCUUUGGAACAAGCAGUCGCCGCCGCCGAGACCACGAGGCCUAGCACGAACGUUGACGAAACAAAGCUCGCUUCAAGCUACUCGGAUAUCCGAUUCUGAAGAGGAUGUACCGGAUUAAGUGGCAGAAUUCUUUCCAUCGCCGAUUCUCGGCUGAUCGUCAAGUAUAUUUAAGCUACCAAAUGUCCUUCCAUGUCAUUCGAUGCAAUAAAUAAAGAUAUACCAGAGGUA